AUACACAUAUGUAAUAAUGUUAUUCUUUAUUUUAUAUUGUAAGCAUUUUGCAAGCAUGCUUUUUUUCAAAAUAAAAAAGAAUUUAUUAAUUAAAUCAGAGACAAAAAUCUCUUCUUACAUCAAAAUUUACAAGUAUAACCAGAUCAGGAGGUAAAUGCUGUCAAAUCAUAACCUCUGGCACGUCGUGAAAGCUCUCUCUCUAUAUAAGUACCUUAGGGUUUGCCUUCUAAGCUCAUUGAUUAGAUCUACGAUUAAUAACUUAAGUUUUUAGGUUAUAGUUAUUAUAUAAUCCUCUAAUAUAUUUAAUUAGAUGAUCAUAAAUUCCUAAAACUUAUAUUAAGUUAUAUUUUGUUGUGCCAACUCGGCCACAUUUGGGUUACUUUCUUGGCGGCCAAGCUGUUGACUUCGCCGCCGCAGAUUCAAGCACGUUUCGGCUUCACGUUUCGACUCCCAAUUCAAAGUUCCAGCUUCGACCACGCCUCCGUUUCUUGCUCCAAUGGCGAAAAGAGCGGUGAGGUACGCUGUGAUAGACGCCUUCACUAGGUCACCGUUUAAGGGGAAUCCCGCAGCAGUGUGCCUCCUGGACUCCUCGUCGCCGGAGGUGGAGGUGGGCGACGAGUGGAUGCAGUCAGUCGCCAGCGAGUUCAACAUCUCGGAGACCUGCUUUCUCUCCCGCGCCAUCUCCGCCGUCGGUGCUGGAUCGGAUGGUCCGAGUAACGGCGCUUCCCCUCCCCGGUUUAGUCUCCGGUGGUUCACUCCCGUCGCCGAGGUGAAGCUUUGUGGACAUGCAACUCUAGCAGCUGCACAUUUUCUUUGGACAUCUGGUCUUGUGAGCAGCACAGUGAUUGAGUUUGUGACAGAAUCUGGAAUUUUGACAGCCAAGAAAGUCAUCCGAUCCAAUCUUUUGGGCGCACCAAAUGUGGCGCUAAACGAAGCUGGGGAGAAGUUUUCUAUUGAAUUGGAUUUUCCGGUGGUUCCAGUGGGAGGAUGCAAUGCUGCAGAGAUGCCAUCAAUUACGGAGACACUAAAUGGUGCAUCGAUAGUCAACGUUCAGAAAACAGAGACCAGUCAUGAUCUCAUUGUAGAACUUUCUUCAGGAAAGGAAGUCGUUGAUUUACAUCCAAACUUUGAUGAGAUACAGAAGUGUGCUGGAAGAGGCCUUAUUGUAACUGCACCUGCCCCUCCAGGAUCUGAAUAUGACAUUUUUACUCGUUUCUUCUGCCCAAAGUUUGGAAUAAAUGAGGAUCCUGUUUGUGGAAGCGCACAUUGUGCUCUAGCCCCCUACUGGAGCAAAAAGCUGGGGAAAACAAACCUCAUCGCUUACAUGGCUUCUCCAAGAGGUGGAAGAUUGGACCUUCAACUUGUGGAGGAGACUCAGCGUGUAUGCAUUCAGGGAGAAGCUGUGACUGUAAUGGUUGGAUCUCUGUUAGUCUGAUCUAUGUAUCAUGUGUCUUUAACAUCAAUAAUGUGUUCGGUGGAUCGAAUUCCUUUCAUUAAUGCAGACAUAAAAUCUUUCUGCUUGAA